AAGAUAGAUAUAUGUAAAAUACCGGUACGUUUAGUGUUCAUAAUACUUUCUAUAUAAUAUAAUAUAAUAUAAUAUAAUAUAAUGUAAUAUAAUAUUAUAUUCUAUUAUAUAAUACUCUAUAAUAUUCUUCUAUGUAUAAUAUUAUAUUCUAUAUAUUAUAAUAUUUAUAAUACUCUAUAAUCUUCUAUACAAUAUUUAUUUUCUAUAAAUAUAUAUUUUCUAUCUGUUUUUUUCUAUAUAAUUAUAUAUUAUGUUUUUCUAUAUAUUUUAUAUAUUUCCUUCCUUUUUUUCUAUAUAAUACUACAGAAAUAUAAAUUAAUAUAUUUCUCCAGAUGGCCAGCAUCGAGGUGUCUUUGUCAACCACUCCAAGAAGAAAGAAAGGUGGAAGCGUUUCCGGUGGUGUGACAUCGCCAGCCGGUCAUCGAAACAGAGAUCACUAUAAGGAAUUGGACGCCCUUCGAAUCGCACUGCGUGACAAGGAAAAUAUCAUUCAAACGUUGAAGGGGCAACUGUGCAACACGCUGAGCAACAGAUUAGCGUUGCGCAAUGGCGCCGCACCUUUGACCGAGGCUGACAGGAAAGCAACGGAGGAGCGACUUCAAAGGUUGCGGCGCGACGCUGACAACAAACGGCUCGCGAUAAAAAAUUUGAAAUUGGCGCUCGAACGGCUAGACAUUACAGAUAAUAUCGACGUUCGGAUACAGCAAGCCGAGUUAGAAUACAGACUCGGACGGGAGGAACUCGAACUGUUGACUCUUCGCGAAGAAAGCCGAGCUCUGCAAGCUGCUCUGGAAUUGGCAGAGACUCAAGAGAAACAGAAAAAUGAUACAAUAUUUAGUUGUAUCUCUGGUUCUACGCAAGUCACGAUCCAUGCAGUGGAAGUUAGCGCGGAUCCAAAAAGCCCACGUUUUGGCGCUGGCCCGAGGGAAGAUACACCUGGCUUGUACGUCGAUUGGGCGGUCGAGGAUUCUGGAUUGUGCAAGGGAGACAGAAUCUUGGAGGUGAAUGGAAAGCUCGUGGUGGGAGCAGGCAGAAGCGAUUUAGCAAGGCUGUUGGCCGUUGCACCCGAUGCCGCACAAAUCGUGGUCCUUCGGAAAGGUGAAUCCCUGGCAGCACUCCGCACUCUCCGAUCUGAUAACCUCCGGCUGACUCACAGGAUUGGAUAUCUCGAGGAACAGGUUAGGGAUCUUCUUGCACCAAGCCGAGCCGAAGUCCCAGCAGACCCUCCGCCAUCCCGUCAAGAACAAGUUCAGGUACACGGCAAGACGCGAUGACAAUAGGUUGUUCUCCUCCUCCAGGUGAAAGUAUAUUGUAUAAAGAAAUUCAUUAUUCUAUACAACAGUCUGUCUGUGUUAGAGGUUCAUUGUAGUGCAACAUUUGGAUACAGGAUUUAA